UCCAACCGGCCACGCCGUAUACCGGCGCGCUGACGUCACCGGAGGCUGCGCGCGGUAUAUACGAGAUGCGCACAGGUGGAUCCUCAAUCCUUUCUGUGACUCGCGUGAGACCAGUGAACCGACCAUGCUACGAUUUGUGACACUUUGCGCGGUUGCGGUGGCGCUGUCAUCGGCAGCUCCCAACCCGGUCUCCAACGUGUUUGAGAUCGACAUCUCGCCCGAAGAGGCGGCGAAGUACCUGAACAGCCCGCCGUUCACAGCGCCCCAGCUUUCUGGACGCACCGGCGUUCUCCCUCUGGUGAGAUAUAACGAUCCGAGGUUCCGCGCGGCGGAGGCUGGCCCUACUCUAGGCCACUACUGGAAAAAUGGCCAUGAGAUUGAGAAUACCGAUGACUAUGUAGAAGAGGUUUACGAUGCGUCUCAAUUUCACGGACAAGACGGUCUCGGCGGCUACGCCUACGGCUACCAGGCGCCCGAGUCCUCGAAGGUGGAAAACCGAGCCAGGUCCGGUGACGUCACUGGUUCCUACACCUACAAGGACGGCAACAAUGAACUCAUCAAGGUACGCUACUGGGCUGACAGCGAAGGCUUCCACCAAGAAGACAACCUGCCGAAGGUAGAGCUGAAGCCUGUAGAGGAGGCCCCUGACGUCCGCGAGGCCCGUCUGGCGCACGAGAAGGCCUGGCAGGAGGCCGCCGCUGCUGCCGCCCAGAACCCUGAUCCUCAGGGCGAAUACAACAGCAACUACGACUACAACCAAGCUGCCUCCGAGCAGCAGCAGAACGUAGUCGCCCCCCUCGCCGCCGCCCCCGCCCGCGAAGGCAAGGCUUUCGCGCAGGCGCAGAGCAGCUUCCAGUCCAACCAGUACAGCCAGAAGCAACAGUACCAACAGCAGCCGCAGAAAUAUGGCCAGCAGCAACAGUAUGGACAGCAGCAGCAAGGACAACAGCAGCAUGGUCAAGAGCAAGAAGAGCCUGAGCCUACUGGCCCGCCACGUGGUUUCUUCUACAGUUUCAACUACCCAGUGUCCAUCAUUGUGCCUAAGAAUGCCGAACAGGGGCCCGGCGCCCUCACCCCUGGACAACUUUUGGACCAUGAUAGCGUUGGCGUCAGUGCUCAUGCCCACCAGGGCUAAACUUUUGCUUAGCCUGAAACCUUUACCCGCUGCUAUUAAAGAUAGGUCCAAAAAAUGGUCCCUGAGGUACACUAAAAUAUAAUAAUAAAGAACUGUUAUAAUAGCAGAGGAUAAAGGCGACCUAAAAUUGUAUAAGUAAAUAAUACAGGAAAUUUAGGUAUAAUUUUCAAUGUAAAAUCAAAUAUUGAGAAGUUACAUUUGAAUAAAUACGUAAGGUCUCUAAUUGGUCUGUGAUACUUGAAUAUUUGUCAGACGAACAAGUUCUUUCAGUUUGAGCUUAAUAGUGUUGAGCCAUAGUUUUUACUUUUACGUCUUGACAAUGUUUCAAACUUAGUCUUUCACUUCCACAUCCAACGAUACUUUACCUUUUCUGGUAUUGGAAUCAUUUUGUGCCUUCCGUGAACUGAUUAUAAUCAGUCGAUUUGUAUGUGCGUUGUCCACGUGCGUAUCUUUAAUCGAUAUAAAUCGGUUGUCGUUGCCAUUUUAUGAUGUAGGUUAACUUAGAAAUUAGUAUGAUAAUAGUCGGCGUUUGAAAGUGUAACUAUGUGCGAUUACCUAUAAUGUUUUACAUUCAAGCAUAUUUAGUUUUUUUUUUGGAAAACAAAAUAAGC